GGAGGGAGAAAAAACGCAGCGGUGUCGGUGGAGCAGAGAGGUUGGUUCACCUUCUGGAAACAAACAGGAAGAAGAAGGACUGCGCACUCCUGUCCACCUGUCCACCACCUGUCCACCUGAGAGAGAGAGAGAGAGAGAGAGAGAGAGAGAGACCUCUACUCUGAAGAGCAAAACUGCAACAUUGUUUGAUCGUCCGCUACACUGUUCCCACCUCACACCAGACUGUGACUUCAAGAUGCAGUGUCCCAGCCGCUAUCCAGACACCCCCAGCAAGGAGCAGAGGAACAGGAAAUAAGAGACUUUAGGAAACAGCAGGUCCUUAUGGUUGAGGUGGUGUGUGUUGCCCCUUGCCAUGCCUCCUGCCAUGACAGACCUCCUGGACAUAUGGGCGGCCCACUCGCCUCUGGCCGGCCACGCUCUGGACCAGAUCACUGUGGACUUCCUGCUGCCCACCGGUAUCUACAUCCAGAUGGACGUCCCACGCGAGGCCACCAUUCAGCACAUCAAACUGCUCUUAUGGAAGCAGGCUCAGUCGUUCCCACUGUUCCCCUCCCUCGGCGAGAUGGAGAGCCACAUGUUCGAGUGCGUCAACCAGGCCGCCGUGCACGAAGAACUGGAGGACGAGUCCCGCCGGCUGUGCGACGUACGCCCCUUCCUGCCGGUCCUCAAGCUGGUGACGCGCAACUGCGGCCGAGCAGAGCGCCUGCUGGACUCCAAAAUCGGCGUGCUCAUCGGCAAGGGUCUCCAUGAACUCGAUGCCAUAAAUGACCAGGAGGUGAAGGAUUUUCGCAACAAGACGUUUCGCCUCAGUGAAGAGAGGAUGCAACAGGUGCAGAUGAUGACGUGCACAGAGUGGCUGCAGGCCUGCUUCUCCCCGCAGCUGGAGCCACCGUCGGGUACCGCCAUCACCGACGGGGUCAACGACAGGCCGGCCGACCUGAAAGUCAUCAUCCACUUCGACCAGUCUCAGGACUCAGCCAGUCUGAAGGUCUCGUCGUCCUGCAUCCCCUCGGAGCUGAUGGAGCAGGCCCUGAAGAAGUGGCUGACCACCCACGGGCCCGAGGAGGAGGAGGCGUGGCGGGGUCAGUACGUGCUGAGGGUCAGCCACUGUCUGGAGUUCCUCUGUGGAGACCAGCCUCUCAUUCAGUACAAGUACAUCCGCACGUGCAUGCAGGCCAAGGAGCCUCCUCACCUCACGCUGGUCCACACCAGCACCGUCAAGGGCAUGUUCGACAAGGAAAUCUCUGCCAUCGGAGCCGUGGUGUCCCGCAAGUCCUCCAACCCGCCUCUACCGCUACCUCCCAAGAGAAGGCAAGUACAGACGUGUGUGUGGGACGUGUCAAGCCCGUUUAAGAUAGUUCUGGUGAACGGCAGCAAGGUGAACGCGGAGGAGACUGCCAAGGUCCAGGUGAGGGCGGGGCUCUUCCACGGCACGGAGCUGCUCUGCAAGCCGGCGGUGAGCAGCGAGAGCUGCGGACGCUCGGACCACACGUGGAAGGACAGCACGCUGGAGUUCGACCUCUCCGUCUGCGACCUGCCGCGCAUGACCCGCCUCUGCUUCGCCAUCUACGCCGUCAUGGACAAGGUCAAGAAGCAGAAGUCCACCAAGAACGCCCACACAAACAAGUACCAGACCAUCCGCAAGGCAGGGAAAGUGCACUACCCUAUAGCCUGGGUCAACACGAUGGUGUUUGACUACAAAGGCCAGCUGAAGACCGGAGACAUCAUCCUGCACUGCUGGUCUUCCUUUCCUGAUGAACUUGAAGAGAUGCUGAACCCCAUAGGAACCAUUCAGACCAACCCGUACACUGAGAACGCUACAGCACUGCACAUCCACUUCCCAGAGUACUCGUCACACUCCAUCAUCUUCCCUCCCUUUGACAAGAUAUUGGAAAAAGCUGCACAGAUUGCCAGAGCAAGUGACUGCGUAUCAAUGGGUCGAGGGGGGAAGAAGUUCCACAUCGAGCUGAAGGAGAUCAUGGAGCGUGACCCGCUCUCUCAGCUGUGUGAAAACGAGAAGGAUUUGAUCUGGACACUACGCUACGACUGCAGAGAGAACUUCCCUACGUCGCUGCCCAAGCUGCUACUCUCCGUCAAGUGGAGCAAACAUGAGGACAUGGCCCAGCUCCAGGCGCUGCUUCAGAUCUGGCCCAAACUGAGUCCCAGAGACGCUCUGGAGCUUCUGGACUUCAACUACCCUGACCAGUAUGUCAGAGAGUACGCUGUGGGCUGUCUGCGUGAUAUGAGCGAUGAGGAGCUGUCACAGUACUUGCUACAGUUGGUGCAGGUGUUGCGCUACGAGCCCUACUAUGACUGCGCCCUCACUCACUUCCUGCUGGAACGUGCCCAGGGAAACCGCAAGAUAGGACACUUCCUCUUCUGGCAUCUACGGUCAGAGAUCCACAUGCCGGCUGUUUCAGUCCAGUUUGCCCUCAUCCUGGAAGCCUACUGUAGAGGCAGCAUCCCUCAUAUUGAGGUUCUAAAGAAACAGGUGGAAGCCCUGAGUAAGCUAAAGUCGGUGAACGAGCUCAUUAAGCUGGGAACCAUCAAGAACGCUCGGAGUAAAACCAAGGAGGCAAUGUUGACCAAGGAGGCCAUGAUGACUUGUCUGAGGCAGAGCGGCUACUCGGAGACUCUGUCGGACCUUCACUCUCCUCUAAACCCCAACAUCCUGCUGUCCGGCAUCAAUGUGGAGAGGUGUCGGUACAUGGACUCUAAAAUGAAGCCACUCUGGAUUGUUUACAACAACAAGCUGCUGGGUGGAGACACUCUGGGAAUCAUCUUCAAGAAUGGAGAUGAUCUGAGGCAAGACAUGUUGACGCUCCAGAUUUUGAGGUUGAUGGAUCUGCUGUGGAAGGAGGCUAAUCUCGACCUCAGAAUCGUACCGUACGGUUGCCUAGCGACAGGCGACCGCUCAGGGUUGAUCGAGGUCGUCUCAUCGGCCGACACCAUCGCCAACAUCCAGCUGACCAGCAGCAACGUGGCCGCGGCAGCCGCCUUCAACAAGGAUGCUCUGCUCAACUGGCUCAAAGAGAGGAACUCUGGUGACGCUCUUGAGAAGGCCAUCGAGGAGUUCACUCUGUCGUGUGCAGGCUACUGUGUAGCCACCUACGUCCUCGGCAUCGGAGACCGCCACAGCGACAACAUCAUGGUCCGCAGCACCGGACAGCUCUUCCACAUAGACUUCGGUCACAUCCUCGGCAACUUCAAGUCCAAGUUCGGCAUCAAGAGGGAGCGAGUACCGUUCAUCCUCACCCACGACUUCAUCCACGUCAUACAGCAGGGCAAGACGGGGUACACGGAAAAGUUUGGCAGUUUCCGUCAGUACUGUGAGGAAGCCUAUCUGGUCUUGAGGAAGAACGGGAACCUCUUCAUCACUCUGUUUGCCCUCAUGCUGACCGCUGGACUGCCUGAGCUCACCUCCGUCAAAGACAUACAGUACUUAAAGGACUCUCUGGCUCUGGGUAAAACAGACGACGACGCUCUGAAGCAGUUCCGGCAGAAGUUCGACGAGGCCCUGAGAGAGAGCUGGACGACCAAAGUCAACUGGAUGGCCCACAAUGUGGCCAAAGACAACCGCUCCUAGAGCAAGCCUGAGAUCCCUCAAAGGGUCAGGGGUCACGGGGCCAAGAGGACACAUGCUGAAGGAGUGUGCGGUAGGGGAAAAGUGUGCAAAGGAGACGGGGGGAGGUGAAGAAGGGAAUCUAGCAGAAUAAACCAAACACGAGAAGAUUCACCCGAACGCUGUCCACACACGGAGUAAACGUACUCUCCAGAAACAGUGCACCCCGUACUAUCUCCUCGCCCUGCACGACUCUGGCACGGUGCCUCCUGAAAAUCCAAAUUCAUGGUCUUGUAACAUUUCUGUGGAAUCACGUUUGGGGGGUAAAGUCGUUUUUUUGCAAGUUUUGCACAGGCACGGCAACAGCUGACGGAGCACGCAGCCAAAGGAAGGGAACUGAAGCCUCCACUCUGCACACACUAAUGACGAGCUGUUCGGACGGAGCGGGCUGACAACAAAGACAAAAUAAAUAAUCAUGUUUUGGAGUGGAUGAAUAAUGUCAGACGGACUGGGAACUGGGCUUGAAUGGACUCUGAAGGGGGCACAUGGUUUGAACCAGAACUGCUUUAAGUACAGCGGAGAUAACAGGUGGAUGUGUCUUAAAACAAUGUGCACAACGCCCACAUGAAGUGCAUCUUAACACCCCCUUCACUCCCGCUGCCUCAAAGUGUGCCUCAAAACUGCGGAGAAGAUUGUAUUUUUCAUGAGUUUACCUUUACUUUUUU